AUGAAGUCAGCUGAUAAAAGGCGUUUCAAGCAAGCGAUGGCAAGUGGUCACUCUAGAGAGAAGGCUCUGGAAAUAGCAAGAAAUGCCUCCACGGCGAAAAGAGUGCGCUCGGAAGAGUCAGCCAAAGAAACGCCAGGUGGCAAAAAACCCAAAACGUCUUCGCACGUGGGAAGGCCAACUUUUAGCCAAGUGGCUAGCAUUGUUCGGCUGGGUAUUGUCCCUUCUGAUCUAGCUAAGUCACCUUUUAACAAAGAACAAUUGGUUCUUAUUCAAGAAACGGUUAUUGACGUAAUGAUCGAGGUCGACGACAAUAACAAGCCAGUAUUUGAGGGUGCAAUACACAGGAACGGUUGGUUGCUGUUUCUUUGCUCCAAUAAUGACACGGCCAAAUGGAUGCGAAGCAAUUUCGAUCUUAUUAAGAAGAAAUGUAGGUUAGAAAUGAUGCUCGUGGAGGAAAAUGAUUUUCCUAAAACGUUCAUCGUGAGGGGUUUCUUCCCACAGAGUAUUGAACUCUCUAACGAGAAAAUUCUUGCGACCAUUGGGGUCCAGAACAAUCUAGCAGCCAAACACUGGAAAGUGAUUCAAAGGUCGACCGAAGGUGCCUUACUUCACCUUGUCAUGGCGGUUGACGACGAAUCGCUGAGUAGGCUAACAGAGCUGAAAGGCAAAAUAGCAUAUCGCUUCGGCCAUGUGCGCCUUAUCCUCAAAAACAACAAAGCGGGGGAAAAGGCAGAGGAAAGCGUUGGUACAGCAGAGCCACUGGGCGCGCAAGAAGUACCUGCCGCAACAUCCAAAAGUAGUGCUGUUGGGCAUACUGAUGAAACGGCACCCAAAGAGGUGGAGAAACCCUCAACAAGCAAAGCGGCGUUAGAGCGACAAAACGCGAUAAAGGUCGUGUAA